AUGCUUGAGCUUCCAUCGCAUAAAGAAGGAAAGGAAUACCAAAUUCCUAUUAAAAAACCUUCAGCCAAGAAUGAUUCAUCUGGAAUAUUCAAUACUCUUAUAAAUCCGACGCAGAGUUCCUCGCACCAUGUAAAGCGUAGAGACCCUCAAAAGAAUAAGGACACGCUCUCAAGUCUUCUAAGAAAUUCAUCUGAACAAAUUCGGAAUGUACCAAGCUACGACAGCAAUAUUGAUCUUUGUCCAACAGCCUUCAAUGGUCCCGUGUUCAUACACGCAACGAAAAAACACAUCGAAGAACCAAAACCGAAAGAAGAGAAACAACACAGAAGAAAAAUAGUAACUCCGAUAUGGGCUAGAGGUCAGUCAAUCGAUUUUGAGACAGCUGGGAAAAUAACUUCAAAAGAAAAACCUUUAUUUAGUAAGAAAAUUGUUCAUAACCCAACUCAAACAACCAUUGAGCAAGAUCAACAAGCACUACGUUCAGGAAAAGCAAGGGUAAACCCCAUCAUGGAUCCGGAUAUAGCAGGAGCCUCUUCAAAACAUAUCAAUUCCAAACCAGAGAGGAAAAAAAUACUAAUUGAAAAUAGAGAAGCAAAGGAAUACGAAAUUCGAGACACAAAGAAACGAAUUCCAAGCCCCAAAUACGUAGGAGUUUCAAAGGCAGAGCCAAUAAGAGGAGGCGGGUUUAUACCAGAAAACGCCAAGCCAACCAUUAAGGUGUCUGUGGAUGCCAAACCUAAGGAUAACAAGGAAGUACUUACCUACGCAUUUUGUAAGUUUUAUUUCUCUAUUUUUGAUCAAUGGUUAUUACUGAUCAUGACAUUACUCUAG